UUGAGAUGGGAAACAUGUCGUUUUUUUGCACUUAAUUUAAAUCUUAAAUAGAGAAAUAACUGUAUUAUCUACAUAACUAAAAUGGCAGAUGACCUAGAUGAUCUUUUAGACGAAGUAGAAUCGAAAUUCUGCAAAGACAACAUCACAAAAAAGCCCRCCAGAACAAAUUCGAGACAACAGCGAGACGAAACACUAAARCAAGGACAGAUUUCGAGGCCUGUAAGGUUAAAGAAAGAGGGCGAGGAUUUAAACGACAUUAUUCGUGAUAUAUGCGACGAUGCUCUUGACAUCCCUAAUCCGCCUGCCCCAAGUACCAGCUCAAAACCCMAAAAUUUACAGAAAACAGGUCACAAGCCAAAGUGUAUGAAACUGUUGCUGGGAGGUAGCAAAUUUGCCACAGGCUUGUGCACGGUUUCAGAGCAAAAGACUUGUGACCAGUUAAGAUGUACCUCUUGUGACUUCAAAGUUGUCAUGUUUGAUAACUUCCACUGGCAAGGAGACUGUGAUUAUUUGUUCUUCAGAAAUAAYGUACCAGACUUUCAGAAACUCAAGGCAAAAUUAAUAACAAAACGAGGUUCUAGAGCAUAUGCUUGCCAAUGUACUUGGCGGUCUGUUUUUGAGAUCACAGACAUUUUAUCAGAUUCCAAAUUAAAGUGGGUUUGCGGAAAGCACAGUUAGGGAUGAUAUAGGAUGAUUAAAAGAGGAUAGAACACUCUAAAACAUAAAUUAUACAUUGUAAUCAGUAUUUAUUGCUCAACAUGUCUUGUUCAUGUACAGCUGUAUCAGUAGAUAUAAACAAUCUUAGAAAAAAACAUGUUUGAUACUUCUAAAAUGAGAGGUAUAGAAUAGUGUAUCGAAAUCGCAAGGCUCUCCAAAAAUUUUCCAAGGCUCGCAAGCUCGGCGCUUAAAAGGAAGGGGCUCAGAUUUAAAAUCGCUUUUGGCUCAAAUGCUUGCAAUUGCCAAAAUAUCGGACUCGCUCAGGCAAACGCUCAGGCUCGGAUUUUAAACAAGGGGCUCGAAGGCUCGGCAAGGCUUGGAUUUKACCAUUYGAUACCCCUAAAAUGUGAUUCAUAACUCCAUAAUAGGAAUAUUAUUUUGAAGAUCGAUACAUGAAUGUAUCAGUAAUAAAGGAAAGCUCAUGUUCAGCAGCAUCAGUAAAAUGGAACUUGUGUCUUUUCACAAUACCAGGAAUGAGAUGGCAAAUUCUCAUUGUACAUCUAUGCUUGUGAACACUGUACAUGUACUAUCCAUGGUCAGUUUUGAACCAGUAGGAAAUUAUGCACAUUUUGAAAUUUAAUAACGUUAAGAUAAUAUACUGUAUAUUUCAGCUGCUCAUCUUGUGAGUCUUGUUAUGUCAUACUGCAAGAAAUAUGAUAAUAAUAUUAAAGUAUUAGAAGUUUGA